UCAACGAGUCGUCGUCCUCUCCUCUUCAUUCAACCCUCAAUCCUCUGGACAUGCCCGCUGCACUCGAAGACGAUAUCUACGACGACCUGUACGGCGACAGCGCGGACGUGAAGGAUCCCGCUCCCCAAGUCCCCUCACCGACGGAAUAUGCUCCUCACGAGACCCAGCGAUCACAUUCACCCGAGGACACCAAGCCGCCAGCAGGGGUCGGUUCGCUGCCAGCGAAGCCAUCUCAAUCAUCCGAGCUGUCCUACUCGGCACAAAUUGCGCAACAAUUCUCCACAUACAAGCAGACACCUGCUCAGGAGAGGCAGAGCAGGUCCACGACGUCGCACUCGGCAGGCGGCAACGAUAGCUCAAGUGCCUCUCUCCAAGACGCGUCGGGUAAGAGAGCUGUGCGGCCGUCGGAGAUGAAGGACGAAGGCAAACUGUUCGUCGGUGGCCUGAGCUGGGAUACAACUGAUGAGGGUCUGAGGAAGUACUUCUCAGAGUUCGGCGAAGUCGAAGACUGCACGAUCCUACGCGACCAGGAAGGACGCUCACGAGGAUUUGCAUUCCUCACCUUCAAAGAACCGAGCUCCGUGAACGCUGUCAUGGUGCGGGAACACGUUCUUGACGGGAAGGCGAUCGAUCCAAAGCGAGCAAUUCCUCGAGAGGAGCAUCUCCGCAACACCCGCUACUUCGUUGGCGGGUUGUCCCAUACGACAACGUCCGACACUAUGCGCGUGUUCUUCUCGACAUUCGGCAAGGUCGUCGACUGCACUGUGAUGGUCGACCGAGAGACAGGCCGCUCAAAGGGCUUCGGCUUUGUCACAUUCGAGGACGCAAGCAACACUGACCAGCUCGUUGGUCGGGGCGAUCUAAUCCUCGACGAGAAAGCGAUUGAAGUAAAGGUCGCGCAACCGCGCAACCAGCGCGACCAGUCUCGCAUGGGCCGCACGACACGCGAGUCGACGUACGAGGCCGGCGCGAACAGCAUGGGUUUCCAGGCGGCUCAGCGGCCCGCCGUCAACCCGCAGCAGAUGUCCAUGCUCAUGAUGGGCCAGCUGCCCAUGAUGAGUGGCAACAUGCCCAUGGGCAUGAACCCGAUGGGCGUCGGUAUGAACAUGGGCAUGGGCAUGAACAACGCCAGUGCUGGCGCCGGUGCUGGCGGGGGCAUGGGCAUGAUGCCGAUGAGCCCGCAGAUGAACAACUUCGGCGGGAUGAGCGGCGGUGGGAUGGGCUCGCCGAUGGGGGCGGGCAUGGGCGGCGGGAUGAACGCUGGCCGGGGCAUGGGCAUGGGCAACAUGGGCGGAGGCAUGGGCGGAAACAUGCGGAUGGGUAUGGGACCGAUGGGGAUGAACACGCAGAACAUGGGCAUGAUGCGGUCGUUCAUGAACAACGCGGGCCCCAUGAUGAGGCAGGGUAUGGGUAUGAUGGGAGGCAUGGGAGGGGGCAUGAGCCCCAUGGCGCGCGGGCGGGGGAGUCCGAUGAUGAAUGCGGGUGUGGGUCCGCAAAGGAAUGCCGUCCGGGGACAACAUGGUUACCACCCUUAUGCGCGGUAGCAAGUUUUGAUGUUCGGCGCUGUGGUCUUUAUUGUAUGUUGCUCUCAGGUUGCCUUUACGCUUCCUCGUCUUUAUUGUCAUCCAUAUUUUAAACCGUAUGUUAGUCGAAUAAACAUAUGCUCCCUACGCUGAUAGAUCAUACACAUUUCUUGUGGACGGUGUCUGUGUGAUUAUCGCUUGCUUUAAUGGUCGAUUGGACUUGCAACUGUAUACAUCUUCAAUAUAGUCACCUUGGUCACUUGAACCACGAUGGUA